UAUAAACGCACUGUCAAGCUAUGUUGUUGUUGUGUCAACUUCGAUGAAACUCUGCAUGUGUGUGGCAAUCAUUUACAGUAUGGUGCACCAUUGUGAGCUCGUGUACUAUCAAAGGGAACGAAUUAUUGCAGCUCUUGAUACACAGUUAUAUUAUAACGAACCAAAGGAAGCGGAAAAGCUAUUGCUCCAAGAGUUUCGUGAGCUGGCACUGUCACGGCCGAUCUGUUUCCACAUAUCCCACUUCGCCACUCUCAACUACUCACUAAUGGGUUCAAUGGCAUCAGCUGUAGUUACUUACACAGUGAUUCUUCUGCAAAGUGUUAAUUAA